GUUAGCAACCACCACACAGAGCCACUCCGCCACACAUUAGUUGAACCGAGGGUCAUCGAGCCGCCGCCGUCAUCCGUUUCGGGGCUAUCGGGGAAGGGGACGCUGGAGCGCUCUCCCGAGUUUGUUUUUCCGAGAGGGCGAACCCCCGACAGAAAGCGGCUUGAUACCUAGGAAGGCCAUAGAUAGCAGGAGCGAACAUGUCUGACUACGCGACCGAGCUUCUUAGGAGGCAACUGCAGGAACUUAACAAGAACCCCCCCGAGGGAGUCUCGGUAGGUCUGGCCAAUGACGACAAUAUGUUCAUGUGGGAGCUGCUUAUCGUGGGCCCAGCAGAUACGCUGUAUGAGGGAGGGUUCUUCAAGGCCAAGCUCGAGUUCCCGAAAGACUUCCCGAACAACCCUCCGACCAUGACCUUUAUCAGCGAGAUGUUCCAUCCCAAUGUGUACCCGGAUGGGAGGGUGUGCAUUUCGAUCCUGCACCCACCGGGAGAGGACAAGUUCAACGAACAGGAAACCGCGGAGGAACGCUGGCGCCCGAUCCUGGGGGUAGAAGGGAUCAUCGUCUCCGUCGUCUCGAUGCUCUCGGACCCAAACGACGAGUCCCCGGCCAACAUCGAUGCGGCAGUCAUGUGGCGAAAUGACCGCGAAGCCUUCAAAAAGAAGUCGCGCCUUUUGGUUCGCAAGUCGCAGGACGCGCUGUGAUUGGUAUGGUGGUCGAGGGUGCUUGGUGUGGAUUUUGACGUUGGAUUUGGUUUGUUUUGUUUGAUUCUUUCUUUUUCUCGUCGUUUGCUUGUUCGUUUCUUUUUCUGUGGGUGCGUGUUUUUUCUUUGUUUGUUUUUUUUUGACAGGAGGAAAGGAGCGCAUCUGGAAGAGGCGUAUUCCUGCAUCAUUUUUUGACAACUUUUUCCUCAUUUUUUUUUGUUGUUCCCGGCAAGCCAGCGAGCAACACGAGAAAAGGGAACAGUUGGGAGGAAGUUAGUGUGUGAGCUGAUCGAUCGAUGGGAAUUCGUUGCAGGGAGAAGGACGCACGACACAGGACGGAUAUUCCCAUGGUAUUCGUGCCAAUUUUGCAUUGCCACGAAGGUGGGUCAAAUGCAAUGGAAAUGGAAUGCAAUUCCACUCCCCCACCACCAGCACCUCUUUCUUGCGAAGAUACGGUUAUGUAGGAAGGCGAGGGCGAUGCGCCUGGACGGGGGGGUGGGGGGGGGGCGACGUUGCUUCGAAGGUUCGGGAGUUGCAUGGAUUCCUGCAGAGAGCCACCUGCAUGAGCGACGGAGCUCGGACGAUUUUGCGGCAAGGAAGCGCGGACGGGGCGAGGUGCUCGAUAUUGUUCGCGUCACCCCCACAACGCCGAGAGUGUCAGCCGUCGCGGGGUUGUGCCUCUUGCUGGUCGCUCCGUGCUGGCUUCGCAUCGGUUUGAGCACGAGCUUGAAUGGUUUCGUACCGGUGCACGCGGAGGUGUAGGCGUUUUCCUCGAUGAAGGGAUUGGGGCACGGAACGGCGAUAAAUGUGUCUCAUAAACGAAGACCCGCCUGGAAGAUCCUUACUCAAGUGGUAGGAGGCGGUACGGUGGAAACCUUGUUAGAGCCCACGGCGUGUUGUAGCCGCUAUAGGCCCCUUGGUGGGUUGACACGUGGAACGGGGUCUAACUGUCUUUGCUCGCCGCUACCCGCGUGUGUCGUCUCGCGGGUGAAAACAUUUUUUGGCGAAUCCUAAGCUAUGAUAAAAGUCGCCACACGAAAACAAUCCCCCCGCCGCUGUAGUUGUUGGGAUGGAUGACGAGCUUUUCUACCUCAUGGGAUGGGUGACGAUUCUUUCUAGCGUCAUCCAUUGCCAAGGAACGUGAAAUCAAUGAAGUCAUCGCGCGGUUGCGCGACAUGAAGGAUAUUUGAAUACCGC